UACAAUAACAAUCCGCAGCCGGGAUCUGGAGGGAUCGGGACCGCACACCGGGGAGACACACCGGCACCGGGGACACACCAUAGGCACACACCGGCACCGGGACCGGGACACACCGGGAUCGCGCGUCAGCCGCAGACAUGGUGUCUCCAGUCACUGUGGUCAAAUGCGAGGGUCCAAAGCUGGUACCGUUUUUCAAGGCCACCUGCGUUUAUUUUGUGCUCUGGCUUCCGACGUCGAGUCCGUCUUGGUUCAGCGCCCUCAUUAAGUGUUUACCCAUCUUCUGCCUCUGGGUAUUCCUUCUGGCCCACGGGGUAAAUUUCCUCGUCAGCCACCGCAGUGCCAAGAGAAUUUUCGCCGGAUUAAUAUUCUCGGCGGUGGGAGAUGCCUUCCUGAUUUGGCAGGAACAGGGAUACUUUGUGCACGGUCUGCUGAUGUUCGCCGUCACCCACAUCCUGUAUUCCUCGGCCUUCGGCAUGAAACCCCUGGACCUGAGGAGCGGACUCGUCGUGGGUCUGAUCUCCGUCGUUCUCUACACCUUUUUGUAUUCCUACCUCUCCGGCCCGUUCACUUACCUGGUGGCCGUCUACACGGCUCUGAUCUCGUUCAUGGGCUGGAGAGCGAUAGCCGGCGUCCAGCUCUGCAACGACCUCUGGACGUGGACCAAGCUGUCCGCCUGCCUCGGCUCCGUGCUCUUCAUAGUCUCCGACCUGACGAUCGCCGUCAACAAGUUCUGCUUCCCGGUGCCCAGCUCCAGAGCCAUCAUAAUGGCCACUUAUUACGCGGCCCAGAUGCUGAUCUCGCUGUCGGCCGUCGAAUGCAGGGACGGCGAUGACUACAAGAAGAGGAAGUAAAUAUCCGCGCGGACCUUUCCUGGAAAGAAAGAAUAA